GUCACUUUUCGAAAAUAUAAUCAUUUUACUCCACGUUUCGAAAUGAUACUGAAAACUGUUCUAUUAGUGUCGUCCAUAAUUGCUUCAGCACUUGCUCAAGAGGUUACCAUCAAGAUAAAGAAUGGUGAAGUCAAAGGAAGGAAGGACACAACUUACAGCCAAAAAGAAUUCUAUGCGUUCCAACAGAUACCCUACGCACAACCACCUGUUGGAAGUUUGAGGUUCCAGCCUCCCGUAGCUGUUGAACCUUGGGAUGGAGUGUUGGAUGCCACAGAAAACAACAAACUCUGCUACCAAAUGGGCACAACAACCGUCACCCAAACUCAAACUGAGGACUGCUUGUACGUAAAUGUCUACACUCCGGUGGAACCUGGUACCAACGCUAAGCUACCAGUGAUGUACUACAUCUACGGAGGAGGUUUCCUCACUGGUCAUCCCCUCUUCCAAUAUUAUGGACCGCAGUACUUCAUGGAACAGGACGUUGUUGUUGUCGCAGUUAGUUAUAGGAUUGGACCAUUUGGUUUCCUGUCAACUGGCGACACAGUUCUACCCGGAAACAUGGGCUUAAAGGAUCAAAGUAUGGGUCUUAAAUGGGUGCAAGAGAACAUUAGGUACUUUGGAGGUGAUCCAGAUAAAGUAACCAUAUUCGGGCUAAGUGCGGGCGGUGCAUCUGUCACCCUUCAAAUGUUGAGCAAACAAUCGCAAGGAUUAUUCAGAGGUGUCAUAUCAGAAAGCGGUUCGUCCCUUUGCCCUUGGGCUUACCAGAGAGGUUACAAAGCCGUCGCCUACAACAUGGCUACCUACCUGGAUUCCUCGUUCAACACGAGCGCUACAUCUCAAGAACUUUUGACUUUCCUACAAUCGAAGACACCCGAACAGCUCCUCGACGCCACCAACACGUUCCCUUGGGACAUUGGAAGGGAUCAGAUAGUCCAAGGUUUCAUGUUCGCUCCUGUAGUAGAACCCGAUCAUGAAGGUGCAUUCCUGACCCAGAGGAUGUACGACGCUGUAGCUGCUGGCGGGGCGAGCCCAGUACCCCUGAUGAUUGGAAUUAUGUCCGAGGAGCAACUUCAAAGGGCAGAAGAUUGGGAGGGUCUGAUGUACCAGCUUCAACAAUAUGACCUGAGACCUGAAGCACUGGUCAACGAUAAUAUGCACAUAGUAAAUAAUGUGACGAAAGCUGUCAUAGGCAAGAGAAUUAAACAGAUUUAUACUACUGAACAAUUCCAAGACGAUGUAGUUUCUGCCAUAAAGUACUUCAGCGACACCUCAUUCUCUCGUCCCAUUAUCCACCACGCCAAACUUCAUUCCCAGUUCAACGACGUCUUCUUCUACCAAUUCUCGUUCCACGGUGAUCAGAUAACUUAUUACAAUGCCACUGUUCCAGGUUGUGGUAACGUCACCCAUGGCGAAGACAACGCUUACUUGUGGGGCUACAAUAACAAUGGUAACAUAGAACAGUGGGGAACCGCACGAGACAUCUUGACCACUAAGAGAUACGUCACACUAUUCGCCAAUUUCGCCAAAAACCUAAAUCCAACUCCAGAAGAGUCAGAACUCUUCCAGAACGUCAUCUGGCCCACGGUAUCGGCCGACAACUAUCAAUACUUGGACAUAAAUGACGAUUUGACGAUACAAGUUGAUCCUAAGGGCGACCACUAUAAAGAGUGGGUUGAAGUUUACGAAACUUUAGCUGUGAAACCAUACGACACUUACUAAAUCCUCCACAGUGUAAAAUUUUGUUACAUUCGAUUUAAUAAAAAGAAAAACAUUGCAGAG